AUGGCGUCCGGUGCCUAUAUGGGCAUCCCGCCCAUGGGCGCAGGCUUCCCUCCGUCGGGUCUGGAACUCGAUGGCCACUUCUCAUCCCCUAUGACCCACAGUGUGAGCGAGGCGGGCGUCGAUGGCGCCGCCGCGCUCUCGCCGACCCAGCUGCGGCACCUCCCUCUCGGCACGAUCGCAGGGCCCGUGAACUCGCCUAUGCCUGUGACGAUGCAGGCGCCGCCUCUCUCGACCGACGGCAAGCGGCGGCGCAUGUCGCCGCCUUCGUUCUCGUCGCCGGUCCGCCCUGAGCCGAGCAGCUCGCCCUACGGCAUGAUGAUGCCUCAGGCAGCUGGCCUAAACGGCUCCAUGUACUUCCCGCCCUCUAUGCUCUCGUUCAACGUGCCAGAGUCGCCGUCGCCGUCCUCCAGCGCGGACAUGGCGCUCCAGAGCCAGCCGCUCGGCGCCAACCUGUCGCCGCUGGCCCACCGCACUGCGUUGCGCACUGCGUCGGCGAGCGGGACCUCGCCGAGCAGCCUGCCGGGUCCGUCGUACCAUGAGAGUCCUGUGAUGCGCCGCGCCAACAGCUACGGCGGCGUCAGCGCGCCCUGGCCGACGCGCGACCCGAUGGGCCUCUUCCAUGGGACGCCAGGCCUGUCGUCGCCGCCGACAGCGUCGCCGCACAUGGGCCCUCCGAUAUCGGCGCCGCUGAUGAUGCAGCGCCAGUACAGCUCGCCGCAGCCUCGCGCCUCGCGCGAGCGCAGCACGCGCCAGUCGACGACAGAUGUCUGGCCCGACGACGUCGAAGUGGCCUUUUGGGAGGCACUGCGGCUCAUACCCAAGCUGGGCCGGCGCAAGGUGCUUGUGCAUGGCAAGCCGUGUGGGCGCAACGAGCUGAUUGCCGACUACAUUGAGCGCAAGACGGGCAAGAUGCGCUCGCGCAAGCAGGUGUCGAGCCACAUCCAGGUGCUCAAGAACGUCAAGCGCGGCGACCUGGAGUUCCAGCAGCUCAUUGCCGAGCCGACGAGUGAGGAGGACUACUACACGCCGGCGGGAGGGAUGAUGUAUGCGCACACGCUUGCCGAGUACAGCAUGGGCCUCCUCGGCUUCUCGCUGACGCCCUCGUCGUCCGAUGUGCUUCCCUCCCCGAUGCUCUCGACGAGCACGUCGCUCAGCCCAGCGGUCGGCAGUCCUCUGCCGGCGAGCCACUCGCCCGCACAGUCACCGGCGACAGGCCUCAUCUCCAAAGCGCUCGACAACAUGCACGUCUCGUCGUCGCCAUCGCCCAAUCCGGCCGCACGCGGUCUGCCGCCCACGGGUGUGCGGCAGACGUCGCCCGCGCGGCUGGUUCCGCUGCACGAGCUGGACCCACUGCCGACGUUUAUGCCCACGGCCUUCUCCCUCUGGGCGCACUCGAGCAAGUCGGACGACUGCCACCACUACACCAGCUUGGAUACGCUCGCCAUGUCGAAAAUUCUGCAGACAGGCAGUGAGGUGCCUGUGCUCCCGAGUAACGGUCCCACUGCGACGUCCUUCCGCUUCCCCCACCUGGCCGAGAUGCACCGCCAAAUGUCCUGUCCUUUUGUACAUGUGCAUGUUCCUCUCACACUCCCCCGCGCUGAGCCGUCGGCGCCUUUGUACGACCGCCUCGGCGUCGCUCUGUCGAUGGGCAGCACCCAAAAUACGUCGCUCUCGAUGGUCCUGUCGAUAUACUCGCACGGCAAGUGUGUACUCACGCUCGUGGAGCGCCUUGAGGCGCCGCGGCCGCUCGCGCGUGGGCGCUCCGACUCGGUGCGCGCCUCGUCAAGCGACGAGGCUGCGUCACUGCCGCGCUCGCCUGCGCCCAGCGAUGCACGCUAUGCGUGGGCGUACCAAGUACCUUUUGCCGCUGACUUUUGGGCGGACUUUUUGAGCCGCAAUCACUCGCAGCGCGUCUUCCAGGGCGCGGGCGCCCCAGCCGACAUCUCGUACUGCAAAGAGCCCAGCGAACGGGCGUCGGUCGGCAUGGCUGUGGCCGGCGUUGCGUUUGUGCAGGAGUUUGUCGUGCUUCACAAGGACACGCCGCAUGGCCCGCAGCCCUCGUCGCCCACCCCGUCGGACCAGAGCGUGAGCCCAGGCAGUCGCUUGGGCGACGUCGUCGGCGUGCUCGCCUGGGAGUUUGAGUGCGUCGAGUCAGCGACCCGGGAGCCGGGCACGCCGCGCGUCUCGGUGUUGGGCCCCCCGCUGCCGGCGGGCGCGGCAAAAAGUGCCCCCGCGCUCCAGACGCCGCACCGCACGGCGCCUCCCAGUGUGCCCCAAACGCCCGCGAGCCCCACACUCGGCAGUGCCGCGCGGUCCAGCGCGGGCGAUAAGGGCAUGUUGGGCCUGCAGCUGCAGCCGAAGCCGGCGGCAUCGGCCACGGACAUGGGCCUCGGUGUGCCGUCCCGUGAAGCCGAGACGAUGGGGCGCACCAUGUCGAUGCCGGCUACGAGCACGCGUGCUGUGGACGACCCCGCACCCACGGCGCAUCUCGCGGUGCCAGACGACCACCUCAUGCGGCCCUCGGCGACGCCGCCCCCCAUGCCGACGCUCAUUCGCACGCAGCCGUCGCCGCUCGCGUCGGGUGGCUCUGCCAAGGCGGAGGAGCAGGGCGUGAGCCCCGGCACGAGACCGUCGGCGCACCCUGAGGAGGCGCACGAGUCCGUGUCCCUGCCGGGGCAGGACAAGCCGCCGUCGCCGCUCAAGCCGACCUCACACUUUAUGGCGCCGUCCGAGCCAUGGCACCAUGGCCUGCGUCUCGGUGCAGAUCUGUACCCGUCGGGGGGCGCGGCGCCGGGCAUGUCGACGCUCUCCCCAGGGAUGAUGGCGGCGGACCUGCUGGCCCCCCAUGGGCUGGGCCUCAUGCCGUCGACCGGCACAAGUGUGCUGCCGCAGCGCUCCCACUCGAUGAGCAUUCUGAACGAGCAGGACCCUGACCUGGUCGAGCCGUCGACGGUGCCAAUCACGUCGUCGCUUUCUCCAUUCACUGACUCGAUGCCCUCCAGCCUGGACAUGGGCGAUGCAGGUGGGCGCUGGGGCCUGUCCAGCACGGUCUCCUGGGCCGGCCAGCAGGAUCUCAUGGAUGCCUUUCUCAACAAUUCGAUGAUGGACUCGAGUCAUAUGCCCCCAGGCUCCCCAACGAACACGCACUCAUUUUCGCCCGAGCUAGGCCAGGGGGGGCUGCCGUCCGCCCACGAUGUGGCGGCGCCUUCGGCGCGCUGA